UCCGCGUCAAUUGCUAAACGAAGCUCAGGGUGAUAAAGACUGGUUGGUCUCAGUGAGAAGACGAAUCCAUGAGAACCCAGAACUCCUUUACGAGUUACACGAGACUAGUGCCCUGAUUCGUCGCGAGCUUGACGAGUUAAGUGUUUCCUACUCUUUCCCGGUAGCGAAAACCGGGAUUGUAGCUCAAAUCGGGUCGGGUUCUCCUCCGUUUGUUGCUCUCCGGGCCGACAUGGACGCUCUCGCCUUGCAAGAACUGGUUGAGUGGGAUCAUAAGAGCAAAAUCGACGGCAAAAUGCAUGCUUGUGGGCAUGAUUCACAUACCACUAUGCUUCUCGGAGCUGCCAAAUUGCUUAGCAAACGCAAACAUGAGCUCAAUGGAACAGUGAGGCUUCUUUUCCAACCAGCAGAAGAAGGUGGUGCUGGGGCUUUACAGAUGAUAAAAGAAGGUGCUUUGGGUGAAUCUGAAGCAAUAUUUGGGAUGCAUGUUCAUCUUAGCUUACCUACAGGGGAAUUAUCAACAAUCUCGGGUCCUGCUAUGGCAGCCACCAGCGUCUUCAGUGUAAGAAUUAGUGGAAAAUUAUCGGGUUCUUGCGUUGAUCCAGUGUUGGCUGCAUCGUCUACCAUCUUAGCAUUGCAACAUAUAAUCUCCAGAGAAACAGAUCCUCUCUUAAGCUACGUGCUGUCUGUUACAUUUAUGAAAAGCGGAAGCGGAGCUUCUGAGCUUGAUGUGAUUCCACCGUAUGUAGAAUUUGGAGGAACUUUGAGGAGUCUUACAACCGAUGGCAUGAACUGGUUACGACACAGGUUCAAAGAGGUGGUUGAAGGAGAAGCUGAAGUACAUAGAUGCAACGCGGAUAUAGACAUGCAUGAAGAAGAUCAUCCAAUGUAUCCAGCAACUGUGAACGAUCCCAAGCUACAUGAACAUGCUGAGAAGGUUUUGAAGCUCUUGGUUGGAGCGGAGAAGGUGAAACCGGGUAAGAAGGUAAUGGCCGGUGAGGAUUUUGCCUUCUAUCAACAAAGAAUACCCGGUUACUUGUUAGGACUCGGUAUCAAGAACGAAGAGAUCGGUUCUGUGCAUUCGGUUCAUUCUCCUUAUUUCUUCCUUGACGAGAAUGUUCUUCCCAUUGGAUCAGCAUUGUUUGCUGCAUUAGCCGAGAUGUAUUUACAAGACCAUCAGAAAUCAAACUAAGUUUGGAUAUUGAGGAAUAAAAAAAGACAAAGCUUAGAUUUUAAAUCUCUUAGAGCAUCUUUAACGCGGUUUUU